GUCUAUCUCUAUUCCAGUCUUCCAGAUGAUCCUCGCUUGAUGCCAGAAAUUGGCAAUGGCCAUGUAGCUACUGUUAUACAAAGUGACACUAUCUGUAUGAAUGGACUGUAUAAUGGUGCCAAUACCUCGAGUUCUAGAGCCCGGAUACCGUCCCUCGUCAGCUUCACGGUGGAUUCCGUCCAGCCGAAUCCUGGAAACUUUACCAAGAAAUAUGUCCUGGAUAUGAAAAAUGGUGUUUUCAGGGAGAAGUUCCACUCAGAGUAUGUAGAUCUAGAAGUAAGGACUUACGCCCAUCGCUUGGUGUCGCGGGUGUUUGUCGUGGCUGUAGACAUAAAUCAGAUUAAGCCAUUAGCAGACAACAUUACUAUCAACUACCAUUUAAAUACUGGACAACCGAGUACAGAUAUUAGACUUGCACCACCAGUCUGUAAAAAUUAUGCCUGGUAUACUGGGGAGACGGUAGAAGCAGAGUAUCCGGAUAUCAAACCAACCACUCCAGUAGUUAUUGUCUAUGAUCAGUUCAAUCCUCUAUCAAUACCGUCCUUCCUCAGCGGUGUUACAGCUUAUUGGUUUGUUUCUAUUGGUGUCAACUUAACCGAAGCUCAGUUUUAUUAUGAAAAAGCCCAAGAUCUGUUCACCAACGGAAGUAUUUACUCCAGUCAUGUCAAGGCGUGGGAAGAACUAUGGAAUAAUGGUAGAAUAGAUGUAGAAGGAAACAGAAAUUUAUCAACAUCAAUAUAUUCUUCCCUAUAUUAUUUACUCAGUUCAGUUCCCUCCCAUCCAGACCAAUACAACUGGCCCUUUAUGGGGAUGGCCCCUGGUGGAUUGGCCCACGGGACAAUGGGGGACGACUACGCUGGGCAUGUGUUUUGGGAUCAAGAUACUUGGAUGUUCCCGUCUAUAAUGUUAUUACACUCUACUAUUGGUAAAAUACUGGUACAAUCGAGACUAGAUAAACUGACGACAGCUCGACUGUUAGCUAAAUAUAGAGGUUUCCCUGGUGCUGUGUUUCCAUGGGAAUCAGCUUAUACAGGUCUUCCAACUUCCACAUCAGAGACAUGUUCAAUCAAUGAAAUACACAUCUCAGCCGACGUGUCUUUAGCACUACGUCAAUAUCUAUUUUUAACCAAUGAUAGUGAUUUUCUGGAGCAUGGUGGAGCUGAUACACUGAUAGAUUUGGCUACUUUCUGGGUGGCACGAGUUACUGUCAACCCGGAUACCAAACUUUAUGAAAUACAUGACGUAAUGGGUCCUGAUGAGUACCACUAUCAUAUAAACAACUCCGCCUACACCAACACAGCAGCUCGACUAGCAAUAGAGACUGGAGUAACAGCUAUGAUUAGAAGAGGUCAAAGUCCACCCAGUCACUGGACUGAUAUCAUCAAUAAUAUGUAUAUACCUUUAGAUAAUCAAUAUCAAUAUCAUCCUGAAUAUGAUGGAUAUAGCAGAGGAACAGUGGUAAAACAAGCUGAUGUGAUAUUACUGGGAUUUCCUCUCAUGGCUCAAACUUCUACAAUUGUCACUCAAAAUGAUCUCAAAUACUACGCAUCUGUCACUCUGAGUGGUCCAGCAAUGACGUGGGGAAUGUUUGCUGUAAAUUGGUUGGAGCAGGGCGACUCCAUGACAGCUAAUAAAUAUUUCUACAAACAAUUUGGGAACAUUCGACCACCAUUCAACGUGUGGACAGAGAAUGCUGAUGGAAGUGGUGCCGUUAAUUUCCAUACCGGAAUGGGAGGAUAUCUACAAUCUAUUUUAUUUGGUUAUGGUGGAAUCAGGGUUCUAGAAGACAGGUUGAACUUUGACCCCCAGUUAAUGUCGUCUGUUAUCUCGUGGAAUAUAACAGGACUAGAUUAUGGCGGGAAUAGUUUUGAUAUGAAGUUUGAUAGAGAGAAUAUGUUUAUAACGUUGACUAAAUCUCAACAUCCGGUAGCUGUAUAUCUCUAUGGAUCUAAAACACAAGAAUCGUGUAUACUUCAUCAAACUCAAACUUUUCUCAGACAAAAAGCCGCUUUUAUUAAACUUUAA